GGACCAACCACUUAUUGUGAUCGAUGGACUCUGUUCGAAAUUAGAUAUUAAGGAUACUUUCAUGCAAAUUAUUGACGGUGUUAAUAUUGACGUUGGCACAAAGCCUGGAACUCGUGCGUCUGUGGAAAAACUGACAACGUUAAUCCGAGAAUAUUUUUCAAAUUCUGAGCGGGAUUUUCAACGUUUAAACAUAGUGAUUCAUAACAUUGACGGUCCAAAUCUUUGCACUGUGCAAAUUCAGAAUUGUCUUAGCAUUCUCGCAUCUUGUCCCAACAUUUGUCUCGUCGCUUCUGUAGAUCAUACCAACGCAACUUUGCUUUUUGAUCAAGAUCGAACAGCCAAAUUUAAUUGGGUUUGGCACGAUACUUCCGCGCUCCGCGUUAACUAA